AGGAGGAACCCUGCCACAUACUCAGAGUGAAAUGGGAGGCAAUCAGAUGGAUCUGAGCAGAAUGACAUCAUCUGACUUAUGUUUUAAGUAUGGCCACUGAGAUGUUACUUUGGUUAAAGGAAGAACACAAAUAUCCUGCCAAAAGGUAUUCUGUUCAGUGCAAAAGGUGAGUAAGCACAAAGCACAUUUUACCAGAAAAAGUUUUUUUAAGUCAGAACUAUAGUUCUAUGCAGCCAAGGAGAGGCACUCUAGGACUGAAUUCUCUAUGCUUCUUUGUUACCUUCUUUGCUCUCUUUGUUUUCUAGUAGCUGUGAUUGGCACAGGUCAUGGAGAGUAUCAUUCCCUGAGAGAAGUACAACUCCAGUGUCCAUCUUUUCUCAUUCUGUUAAGUUCAUCUGUCCCAGUUCUUUGGUUACUGACUGAUUUUCAGGCAUUGAUGGUGAUACAGAUGGACAUUUAUCAUCAACUUUCAGAUUCUUGGAUCUCUGACAAGUCUCAUCACUAAGGGUCAAAUUAGUAGGAUGCCAAUCUGAAAAAUCCGAAAAUGAAGUUUUCAUUUUUAGGAUGUAAAUAACACAAUAAUUUGACUAACUUGUAUACAUGCUUUCUUCACAGAAACAGUCCCACAUCCUGCUCUCUCCCACAACACACUAUGCAUUCAGGCUUAUUAUAUUUUACAUGUCCUAUGCUUACAAUUCAUUCAGGCCUGCAGAUAAAACAUCUAAUGAAAAGAACGAGGUCAAAAACCAAAUAUAUCCUGAGGCUGACUUUGCUGACUCAAUGGAGCCAUCUGAAAUAGCCUCAGAGGAUUGUGAAUUGUCUCACUCUGUUUAUGAGAAUUUUAUGUUGCUGAUUGAACAACUUAGAAUGGAGUAUAAAGAUUCUGCUAGCCUAUCAAGAAUCCAAGACACAUUUUGUUUGUGUGAACACUUACUGAAACUUAAGAAUAAUCACUGUGACCAACUUACAGUAAAACUUCAACUAAUGGAAAGUAUGGUCAGUGUACUACAAAAUGAGCUAUCUGAAACAAAAAAGACAAAAUUACAGUUAGAACUUCAAAAAAUUGAAUGGGAGAAAGAGCUGUGCGAUUUGAGACUUGCCUUAAAACAAGAAAAUGAGUAGAAAAGAAAUGCCGUUAUGUUGUAUAAUAAAGAUAGUGAACAGUUAAGAAUAAAAGAAGAGGAGUGUGGGAAAGUGGUUGAAACAAAGCAACAACUUAAAUGGAAUCUGAGAAGACUUGUUAAGGAAUUGAGGACAGUAAGAAAUAACUUGGAUCUGGUUGUGCAGGAGAGAAACGGUGCCCAGAAGCAACUUUCUGAAGAACAGGAUGCCAGAAUAUUACAAGAUCAGAUUCUGACGAGUAAACAAAAGGAACUAGAAAUGGCUCGAAAGAAAAUGAAUUCUGAGAUUUCUCAUAGGCAUCAGAAAGAAAAGGAUCUCUUUCAUGAAAAUUGCAUGUUGCAGGAAGAAAUUGCCUUGCUGAGACUGGAAAUAGAUACAAUAAAAAAUCAGAACAAGCAAAAGGAAAAGGAAUAUUUUGAGGACAUUGAGGUUGUGAAAGAAAAGAAUGAUAACCUUCAAAAAAUUAUAAAACAAAAUGAGGAAACAUUAACAGAAACAAUACUCCAGUACAGUGGGCAGCUGAACAAUCUGACAGCUGAGAACAAAAUACUCAAUUCUGAACUGGAGAAUGGGAAACAGAACCAAGAAAGACUAGAAAUAGAAAUGGAAUCAUACCGUUGUAGACUGGCUGCUGCUGUACGUGACUGUGAUCAAAGUCAGACAGCAAGAGACCUAAAAUUUGAUUUCCAGAGAACAAGACAAGAGUGGGUUCGUUUACAUGACAAAAUGAAGGUUGAUAUGUCUGGCCUACAAGCUAAGAAUGAGAUUCUUUCUGAAAAACUUUCUAAUGCUGAAAGUAAAAUUAACAGCCUACAAAUUCAGCUCCAUAACACAAGAGAUGCUCUUGGAAGAGAGAGUUUGAUUUUGGAACGUGUGCAAAGAGACCUCAGCCAGACACAGUGUCAGAAGAAAGAAACUGAACAAAUGUACCAAAUUGCACAAAGCAAACUGAAGAAAUACAUUGCCAAGCAGGAAUCUGUAGAGGAGAGAUUAUCUCAACUACACAGUGAAAAUAUGUUGCUUCGACAGCAACUGGAUGAUGCUCACAAGAAAGCUAACAGUCAGGAAAAGACAAGCAGUACUAUCCAAGACCAGUUUCAUUCUGCUGCCAAAAAUCUUCAAGCUGAGAGUGAAAAGCAGAUUCUUUCACUACAAGAGAAGAACAAGGAGCUGAUGGAUGAAUAUAAUCAUUUAAAAGAAAGAAUGGAUCAAUGUGAGAAAGAGAAAGCAGGAAGAAAAGUAGUUAUGAGAGAAUUCCAACAAGAAUGGACCGAUCUCCUAAAACAACAACCUACGUCAGAGGCUACCUCACGUUGUCACAUUAGUUUAGAUGAGACACAGGAUUCAAAGAAGAAAUUGGGUCAAAUCAGAAGUGAAAUUGACCUUACAGAAGCACAGGAAACUGUUCCUUCACGAUGUCUACAUCUGGAUGCAGAGAAUGGAGUUCUUCAACUUCAACAGACAUUAUUCUCUAUGAAAGCAAUACAAAAGCAAUGUGAAACACUACAGAAGAAUAAGAAGCAGCUGAAACAAGACGUAGUAAACCUCGAAAGUUAUAUGGAAAGAAAUAUGUUAGAAAAUGGUGAAGCUGAACGGCAUAAACUGUUGAUUGAAGAAAGAGCAAGGAAGGAGACAGAAGAAAAAUUAAACGAAGCCAUUCUCACCUUGCAGAAACAAGCAGCAGUAUCUCAUGAACAGUUAGUACAGUUAAGGGAGGAUAAUACUACUUCAAUAAAAACUCAGAUGGAACUCAGAAUCAAAGAUCUGGAAUCUGAAAUCUCCAGAAUAAAAACUUCGCAAGCCGACUUUAAUAAAACCGAACUGGAAAGAUAUAAGGAACUCUACCUAGAAGAAGUAAAAGUUAGAGAAUCCUUGUCAAAUGAACUCAGUAGAACUAAUGAGAUGAUAGCAGAGGUCAGUACGCAACUUACUGUGGAGAAAGAGCAGACCAGAUCCAGAUCUCUAUUCACUGCUUAUGCUGCAAGGCCAGUCCUAGAGUCACCUUGCGUUGGAAAUCUUAAUGAUAGUGAAGGUCUCAACAGAAAACAUAUUCCAAGAAAAAAGAGGUCUGCUCUUAAGGACAUGGAGAGCUACUUGUUGAAGGUUGUAGAUGAGCAUGAGAGUGUGGAGCAGAGUCGGCGAGCGCAAGUCGAGCCCAUCAUCCUGGACAGCCGUCUCCGUGCCUUCCCCAGUGAGGAAGAGCUAGGGGAAGAUGAGAUGUACUACUGUUCCAAGUGUAAGACCCACUGCUUAGCAACAAAGAAGCUGGAUCUCUGGAGGCUUCCACCCUUCCUGAUUAUUCACCUUAAGCGAUUUCAAUUUGUAAAUGAUCAGUGGAUAAAAUCACAGAAAAUUGUCAAAUUUCCUCGGGAAAGUUUUGAUCCGAGUGCUUUUUUGGUACCACGAGACCCGGCUCUCUGCCAGCAUCAACCACUCACACCCCAGGGGGAUGAGCUCUCCAAGCCCAGGAUUCUGGCAAGAGAGGUGAAGAAAGUGGAUGUGCAGAGUUUGGCUGGGGAAGAGGACAUGCUCCUGAGCAAAAGCCCAUCCUCACUCAGCGCUAACAUCAGCAGCAGCCCAAAAGGUUCUCCUUCUUCAUCAAGAAAAAGUGGAACCAGCUGUCCCUCCAGCAAAAACAGCAGCCCUAAUAGCAGCCCACGGACUUUGGGGAGGAGCAAAGGGAGGCUCCGGCUGCCCCAGAUUGGCAGCAAAAAUAAACUGUUAAGUAGUAAGAAGAACUUGGAUGCCAGCAAAGAGAAUGGGGCUGGGCAGAUCUGUGAGCUGGCUGACGCCUUGAGCCGAGGGCAUAUGUGGGGGGCGGGCCAACCAGAGCUGGUCACUCCUCAGGACCACGAGGUAGCUUUGGCCAAUGGAUUCCUUUAUGAGCAUGAAGCAUAUGGCAAUGGCUACAGCAAUGGUCAGCUUGGAAACCACAGUGAAGAAGACAGCACUGAUGACCAAAGAGAAGACACUCAUAUUAAGCCUAUUUAUAAUCUAUAUGCAAUUUCAUGCCAUUCAGGAAUUCUGAGUGGGGGCCAUUACGUCACUUAUGCCAAAAACCCAAACUGCAAGUGGUACUGCUACAAUGGCAGCAUCUGUGAGGAACGUCACCCUGAUGAAAUUGACACCGACUCUGCCUACAUUCUUUUCUAUGAGCAGCAGAGGAUAGACUAUGCACAAUUUCUGCCAAAGAUUGAUGGCAAAAAGAUGGCAGACACAAGCAGUAUGGAUGAAGACUUUGAGUCUGAUUACAAAAAGUACUGUGUGUUACAGCAAAGCUACCACUCUGGCUGCUAGACAGCUUGGUGGGGAGGGAGAUGACUCCUUGUAGCUGAUACUUGGCAAAAGUGUCACUGAGAGGCAAGCUAAAUGUAGUUAUUUUAUCCUGUUAGAAUACAAAUUCUAAUUAAAAUAGUUAACUUUAAGAGUAGUAGUAAUUUUAUUUUGAAGUCUCAUGCAAGUUGUCUGAUAGAGAACUUUCAGGCAGAUCCCACCAUUAGCCUGUAAACAAAAGGUUUGGCACCAGCCACCUGGGACCAAAUAAGAAUUCAAUUGUGCUUGUCCAGAUAUGAACAAAUAUGUAGUGAGUAUAGAGUUUAUCAAUAAUCAUAACAAAUAUUAAAGAUUUCCUUGGAGUCGAAGUAAAAAACAAAAAAUUGUAAUGUUGUCUAGGGAUGAUAUGAUAUGCUACCUCCUUUUUCCUUAAGUUUUAUUCCAUUCUGUUGACAAGAUGGAGAAAGCAAGAUCAUGAAGGUGUGCAAAUGAUUCUUACGGCAUGGGCGAGGAUUUUUCCAUUUAUUUUUUAAAGUUUCCAUACCCUUUCUUUGUCUUUCUUGCUUUUUGUUUUUGCUGUUGUGUUUAUGUUUGAGACACAACCAGUCAUUGGUGGCAGGGGCAUAGAGUGGUCAGUCUGAAAGGGAGGCUCUCUUAAGAGCUAUGUGCCUUCCACCCAGAGGGAGACCCAGUAGAAAGAAAAACAUCCUGGGAAAUCCAGCUACCAUGGCCCUCCCAGUGGAGGCAUCUUACAUUUAGGAUACUUCAGGUAUCCUCAGAAAUGUAUUCUGCACCCCCGGCCCCGCCCAUGCUGAGGGAAGGGGAGCAGUUGCCAAUAUUUGCACCAUCUUCACAUGCACAUGUUGCAACAAGAGCUUCUGGGAAGGUAAGCGGCAUCGGAGCUAGAUCACGUUUCACAAUUAGUGGUUGUUCUUUUCCAUGUUUGUUUUGCACUUUAAAAAAGAGAGAACACAUGCAAAUGAACUUGCUUGUGUGUAUUUGAUGGCUCCAAGGGCUAUAAAUUACAAACAAAACACAUCCCAGACAUUAGGAGUUCUUAAGUAUAUUUAAUGAAAUUGGUGGUUUUAGGAAGUCAACUUUAGUUUUGCUUUGUUUGCAUGUCCACUAAUUUUUUUAUUUUGAUAUUAGUCUUUUUAAAAAAUUUUUACAGUAGUCAUUGAAAGUUAUGUUUCUUUGUUUACUUCAUUUUUUCCUCUAAUUAUUCAAGACUGGGACAAAAGUAUAAAUAUUAUUUAGUUCAGGUAGAAUUUUUUUGGUGUAGUUUUUUAAUAUAUACUUGAAGGAAAUGUUUCACCUUAUUUUUGGUCUUUGUUUAUUCAUUUAGGCCCUGCAAGUUGAUUCUCAUUAAUUGUCAGAUUCCACUACACUUUCUUCCUCAUAGGUAGUAAUUACCAGUGUAACUAAGCAUUUGUGUUCUGAUAUCUGAGGCCAGUAACUAUUAAUAUCUAGUUCUCAGAGCAUUUGGAAAGGUUAUCUUAAAUGGCUACCUAAAUUGAAAUCCUUUUCAGAAAAAAUAUAAUUGCAAAUAGGUAAGAGUGGCCUAAAUUAUCUAAUGUAAUAAAGUCAGACAAAAUGCAUACUUUAUAGUUUCAAGAUUUUCAGUAUAUAAAAUCUGUCCUUUCCUACCUGGACAUGUCCCAUUAAAAAGUGGAAGAUUUUAAAUAAUUUCUUUACAGAUGUUUUAUUUAAGCAGGUAGCACAAUCUACUAAUGUUCUUUGAUCUGUGUUUGUUAUACUGGUUGUAAUUAAUUUUUUUAAUUCAUGAACUAGCGGAAAAUUUAUUAAAUUAACUAUUAACCACAUUCACCUUGUAAAUGACUGUAUAAAACUUGUUGACAAUGCACUGACUUUAGAAAGAUGUUAAUGUGCAUAAAUAGAGUGUAAAUAAAAUAGUGUUGAUGUACUGAAAUAUGAACUGUAUAAAAAGUAUUGGUAAUUGUAUAUGGGGUGUACCUAUUUAUCUGUAACUAUUAUCCAAACAAAUUAAAUACUGUGGAUGCCUCUA